AUGAACAUUGCGCACGCUGAAGCACUGGAGCACGCCCCCGCACGCUACCCCUUCACCAGAACUUCCGUCAAGUCCAUCACCAUUCCGAGCGGCUUCCGGGACAAAACCAUCCCAAACGUGCAUCUCGGACAAGUGCCGAAGCGCAUCGUUGUCGGAUUCGUCUCCAACGUCGCCUACAACGGCAGCUACCGCCAUAACCCGUUCAACUUCCAACACUUCAACAUCAACUACCUGUGCCUCUACGUCGACGCCGAACAGGUCCCCGCCGUCCCCCUGACCCCCGACUUCACCCACGGAAACUACGCGCGCUCUUACUACUCGCUGUUCGAGGGAACCGGAAUCAAGUGGAAGGACGAGGGAAACGAUAUAAAUUACGACGAGUACGGCAACGGUUACACACUCUUUGCGUUCGAUCUGACACCCGAUCAGUCUGCCCACAAACCGCACUGGAACGUGCAGCGCCAAGGCACCGUCAGGCUGGACGUGCGCUUCAAAGUCGAACUCCCCGUCGCAGUCAACUGCAUCGUUUACUCAGAGUUUGACAACCUCAUCGAAAUCGACAAAAACAGGAAAGUGAUCGUGGACUACAACGUGUGA